UUUAUUUUAAUUAAUUUAAAAUUUUCUCUAAAUUUUUAUUUAAAUUCUAAAUUAAUGUCAAAUAAAUAUCAGAAAUUAUGUUUUUAUAUUUUAUUUUACUUUUUACAUUUAAACUCAAUGAUAACCGUAUCAGCUAUAUAUUAUGGUAGUGGCAUUCAAAAUUCUGGUAUGGGAUUUGACGGUCAAUAUGGAAUGUCACCAAUUUCUUCUUAUGGGUUGGACUUUUCAAUUUAA